AGGCUGGAGUACCCAGGAGAGGCAGUAGGACAGCUGCAGCCCCAAGAUGUAAACAGGCCGAGCGGCUGCAGGUAUAAAGGCUGGAGCCCCCACAGCCUCUCAGCAGCCCCAGCCUGACCCGCCUUCCCAGAGCCCUCGAAGAAAGCCAGGCGAAGGGCCAGGAUGGACGAGGACUUCUCCUCCCAGAUGAAGAAGAUGGCCUUGGCCAUGGGCACAUCCCUGUCGGACAAGGACAUAGACCUGCUGCCCACCGACAUGAGGCACCAUGGCUCCUUCAACUACAUCAAGUUCUUCGAGUACAUGCAGAAGUUCCCGGCCUCGGGGCAGCAGGAGAGUGUCAUCCGCAAGGCCUUCCAGACCCUCGACAAGGACAAGAGCGGCUUCAUCGAGUGGAAUGAGAUCAAGUACAUCCUGCACAUCAUCCCCAGCAGCGGGCCCACCACCCCACUGACGGACGAGGAGGCUGAGGCCGUGAUCCAAGCAGCCGACACGGAUGGGGACGGGAGAAUUGACUUUGAAGAAUUUUCUGAAUUGAUCAAAAAGGAGAACAUUGCCAAGAAGUAGCACCACGUCCAGCCCCGGCCGGCUGAGCACCCCCCGAGGGGCACCGUGGGUUUCGCGAGUGCCCCAUGGAGGCCAUGGGAGCGGACGCAGCUUGAGCCAGGAAAAUGGAAGAAAAACAGCAUUAAAUGAACCGCAGCCCA